UAAAUAUAAGCCUUCGUACGCUUUGUGAUCUGUUCCAUUAAUUAAGUGAAGUUUUAGCGAUGACGAUAUGCUUGGUGGGCGAUCUAAUGUAAUGGUGGCUAUUUUGAGGGAAGUUUGUUUGUCUUUUUGUUUUCUGAAAGCUCUAUAUUUGUUUUAAUAUUUACUUUUUAUACGUUUUUAAAUGUUAAGAUAAAUAUAUUGUCGUGCUUUGUAGCCAAUCUUAACCAAACCAGACUUUGACUACAAGCCUAGAUUUCUAGGCAGCACCUUAAAAGCCAGCUAGAUAGCUAUUUUUUAUUCAUUUUUAUUCACUUUUACUCACCUUUUAUCCUUCCCAACAGUAUUUGUUUAAAUGUUGCAGUUGUGGCUAUCUAGCUACCUCUGGAUAAAAAGUGACAGUAGUUCAAUGCAGCUUGGCUGCAACAAAAUUCUUAUGUCCAAUGCAUUAUGUUACUGUAAUAUAAACUAAUAAGCUAAAAGUCUAAAGUUUAUUGAUUCAAGGAGACAACAGUCUCAAUAAACCUUGACAUGCUGACAGAAGAAAAUGAAACGAUUGGGCUACAUGGACGAAGGCCAUUUGGGUUUCCAAGUGAGGUUAUUUUUACAUUUUUCUCUUCUGAAUACUUUUUAUUUAUAGGAAUAUUUCUUUCUGGUAUGUUUUCAUAUGUUAAGGUGAAUAUAUCAUUACUUUUUUAGCCACAUACAAUUCUUAAACACACUUAUUUAAAGAUUUUUACUACGAACGUACAUUAUGACAAGAUCAGGACUUUAGCCAGUUAGUUAUAUUUUUUGCUUUUAUUUAAACCAGAGUUACCUUUUAUUUUGGAACUUUCACAGGGUGUCUUGUUGUACAUAUGACAAGUUUUUCCAUAACCUGCAUUCUUUGUUUGUAUUUCAACCGUUCCUGCAAGAAAUUUAUUUUUGAGUAAGCAGAUGCAUGACGUAAAGUAUACAUUUAUUAAGCGCUCCAACCUGAUGUCCACCUCGGUUUUUCUGCACUUAAACGCUCUACCUGGCGUUUGCCGUUAGGUUACCCUGGAAUAAUGGUGGUUUAACCAGGCGUUUCACGCCGGCUCUACCGGCUAUCUCUAUAAUAAUACAGUUGAACUCAUGUAAUUCGAACUCCUAUAAUUCGAAAACUCACUUAAUUCGAACAGAUUCUGUGGUCCACUCAGAAUUUCCCUUGAAAACCUUACAAAAAAACUCCUAUAAUUCGAACCCAUGUAAUUCGAAAAAUCAUGUAAAUCGAACAGAUUUUCGGGUCUCAUCAAGAAAUUUUAAUCAUGUAAUUCGAAUUUUCGAAUUUUUUGAGUUUUUGAAGCUUACCAACUCGAUAAUUUGCAAUCGAAUGUUUUUUUUUACAUUCGAUUGAAGCUCGUCCACUGCUUUUGGCUUCCAUUUCUUAUCAAGACAAGAUGGGGAAAAGAAAGCAUAAAGAACUCACUUUAAAAACAAAAUAUGAAGCUCUCCGUGACUUGGAGGAUGGUAUGUCCAAUAAAGACGCAUCCAUCAAGUACUAUGUUCCAAGCAGCACCUUGUCAACAUGGAAGAACAAUAAAGAGAAGAUAUUCCUUGCUUUCAAAAAGUCGUCACUAAAACGCCAGAGAGUUAAGACUGACACGUACGAAAAAUUGAAUGAAUCGUUGUUGACUUGGUUUACCUCAAUGCGCGGUAACAACAUCCCAAUUAAUGGACCAAUUUUAAUCGAGAAAGCUCGUGAAUUUGCCACAGCAUUCAACUAUGAAGAUUUUUCAGCAUCGAGCGGAUGGUUGAGAGGCUGGAAGGAGAGAUAUGGAAUCACAUUCAAAGAAGUAUCUGGGGAGUCCGCAAAAGUAACAAGUGAGAUGACAGCACCUUGGGAAGAAACUACCCUACCAACUAUAUUGGUCAGAUAUGAAUUAAAAGACAUCUUCAAUGCCGAUGAAUUCGGCCUAUUCUACCAAGCGCUACCAUCAAAGUCUUAUCACUUCAAAGGAAAACGCUGUUCCGGCGGAAAGCACAGCAAAGUGCGCCUAACAGGAAUGGCUGCAUCCAAUGCUUUGGGCGAAAGGCUUCCAAUGUUUGUGAUUGGAAAGUCCGCGAAACCCAGAUGUUUCAAAAACGUGAGAAAUCUACCCUGUCGGUAUCGCUCGCAAAAUAAAUCCUGGAUGGAUGGAGUAUUAUUUGAAGAAUGGGUUAGAGAAUUAGAUCGUAAAUUCGAGUCACAAGGAAGGAAAAUUGUUUUAAUAGUCGACAACUGUCCCGCACACCCAAACAUCACAGAGUUAAAGGCUGUAAAUCUACAAUUCCUGCCACCUAACACCACUUCUUGUACCCAACCUAUGGAUCAAGGAGUUAUCAGGUCUUUGAAGGCAAAAUACCGAUCACUGGUAAUUCGAAGGAUCUUGAAAGCGUUAGACAAGAAGGCUGAACUACCGAAAACAUCAAUUCUUGAAGCCAUGAUAAUGCUCAAGACGGCUUGGGAUAGUGUGUCGAGUGAAACAAUCGUAAAUUGCUUUCGAAAAUCAGGAAUCUCGGAGGUUGCAAGGAAUGGUGCUAUGGAUGAGAAUGACGAUCCUUUCAAAGAUACGGAAAGUGACAAGAGCGAUUCAGACGACGAAAAUGAUGAAACGAAUGUUGUAGAAGAUUUGAAUCAAGAUCUAGACCGAUUACGAAAGAUUAGACCUGACAUUGCACCUGACGAUCGGGAUGUCGAAUCGUUCAUUGAUAUAGAUUUCAACGUUGUUACUAAUGAAUCACGCCCAUUGUCUGUCAAAGAAAUCGUGGAUAUGUAUAAAAAUCCGGAAGUAGAAGUCAUCGAUGACGGCUCUUCAGACGACGAAAGUGCAGAGUGUCCUGAUGAUGAACCAAUUCCACCCCCAUCGCAAAAUGAGAUUGACGAUGCAAUCGAGACUCUCAAAAAGAUGACCCUUUUCGAAUCAUCGAACGUCAUCCCAUUGAUUCAGAAGAUCUCCGAAGAGAUUUCCAAGAAACGAGAGCAGAAAAUGAAACAAUCAACAAUCAAAGACUUUUUCGAAAAAUUAUGAAUUUAGUAUUUCAUUAUUCUAACUCGAAAAUACAAAAAAUAGUUCGAAAGUAAACCUGGGAAAGACUUUUUUUAUCGAAUUAGGUCAA